UUCACCACCACCUCUUUUGGAUCUCUCCCUCUCCGCAUUUCUGCCGCUUUCGCUACCAUCAGAAGAGGGACCAGAAAGAUGGAGCCGGUGAACCAGUGGGGUAACGCUCCCCUGAAUGAGGUGGACGAGGAGGUGUUCGACCUCAUCGAGAAGGAGAAGCGCCGGCAAAGUCAUGGCAUCGAGCUCAUCGCCUCCGAGAACUUCACCUCCUUCGCCGUCAUCCAGGCUCUCGGCAGCGCCCUCACCAACAAGUACUCCGAGGGGAUGCCCGGAAACCGAUACUACGGCGGCAACGAGUUCAUCGACGAGCUGGAGAACCUCUGCCGCUCCCGCGCCCUCCAGGUCUUCCACUGCGAUCCCUCUAAGUGGGGCGUGAACGUCCAGCCAUACUCUGGCAGCCCCGCCAACUUCGCCGCAUACACCGCUGUGCUCAACCCCCACGAUCGGAUCAUGGGUCUCGAUCUCCCCUCCGGCGGCCACCUCACCCACGGUUACUAUACCUCCGGCGGCAAGAAGAUCUCUGCUACCUCCAUCUACUUCGAGAGCCUCCCGUACAAGGUCGACUCGACCACUGGAUACAUCGACUACGACAAGCUCGAGGAGAAGGCCUUGGACUUCCGGCCGAAGCUCAUCAUUUGCGGAGGUAGCGCUUACCCCAGGGACUGGGACUACGCGAGGUUCAGGGCCAUUGCUGACAAGUGUGGUGCGCUUCUCCUCUGCGAUAUGGCGCACAUCAGCGGCCUCGUUGCCGCUCAGGAAGCUGCAAAUCCAUUUGAGUACUGUGACAUUGUCACGACAACUACCCAUAAGAGCUUGAGGGGUCCUAGAUCUGGAAUGAUCUUCUACAGGAAGGGCCCCAAGCCCCCGAAGAAGGGCCAGCCAGAAGGCGCUGAAUAUGACUUUGAGGAGAAGAUCAACUUUGCUGUUUUCCCAUCGCUUCAAGGAGGUCCCCAUAAUCAUCAGAUUGCUGCACUGGCUGUGGCCUUGAAGCAAGCACUGCAACCAGGAUUCAAGGCCUAUGCCAAGCAGGUCAAGGCCAAUGCAGUUGCUCUUGGCAACUAUUUGAUGAACAAGGGCUACAAGCUCGUUACUGGUGGCACUGAAAACCACCUUGUGUUGUGGGAUCUUCGUCCUCUGGGACUGACUGGAAACAAAGUAGAGAAACUAUGUGACCUGUGCAACAUCACUGUCAAUAAGAAUGCCGUUUUUGGAGACAGCAGUGCUUUGGCUCCGGGAGGUGUUCGAAUUGGUGCACCAGCGAUGACCUCAAGGGGUUUGGUGGAAAAGGACUUUGAGCAGAUUGCAGAAUUCCUUCACCAGGCAGUAACCAUCACGUUGAAGAUUCAAAAGGAGCAUGGGAAGCUCCUCAAGGAUUUCAACAAGGGUUUGGUGAACAACAAGGACAUUGAGGACCUCAAGGCAGCAGUUGAGAAGUUUUCCGCAUCUUUUGACAUGCCUGGGUUCCUGAUGUCUGAGAUGAAAUACAAGGACUAAUGGACCUGAUCUAUGGCAAGGUUUUCUCAAUUUUCACAUCGUUGGUAGGUUGAUUUCCCUUUUUAGCAUUAUACUGGUUCCUCAAAAUUGAAGUUUUUUGUUUUUCUUUACAUGCUUUUGAGUCCCAUUCAAAUGUUGAAAGAUGUGGGAAGGUAGCUUAUGCUCCUCAACUGUAUCUCGUCUUGUAUCCCCCUUCCCUUCAUUUAUCUAGUGCGAUAAAUAAUCUCCCUCUCACUUCCGUUCA